AUGUUCCCGCAAUACGAGGUGAUGGGGCUAUGGACAAAAAGAAUCAAUAGAAACUCAGCUGCGGACAACGCACCGUUGUGCUUUUCCUUCACGUCCACUAUUCAAUUACAAUACCAGCGGAAAGGAGCUAAAAACCGUUCAACCUCCUGCACGCACGGAUCUCUUCCUCCAUGCUGUAUCCCCCGAGCCCCAGGCUGUAAGACAAGGUCAACACUGCAACUUUGUCGUGGUGCAGUUUAUUAUAAACAUUCAUUAUUACUAUUUCGCGGUGUUAGUCAAGGCUUCAGAUCCUAA